GAUCGGGAUCAGGUGACUCCAGAGCUGGAACCUGACACCAGACGGCUGUGGCUGCGGGGGCCAGGAGCUGAAUGAAGAGGGAUGGAGCCGGCCUCGGCCCCCCAGAUGGGGCCCCAGAGCCCACAGUCCCGGCCAGCCUAUGCUCCCUCCCUCCGAGACCCUCAGUCUUCCGGCCGCUGGGUCGCCCUUUGCCCACCUCCACACGCUGACCGGGAGCCCAGUCGGACUUGGGCCAGAGCUGCGGCUGGCAGGCGGGCAGAAACCCAGGUGCUGAGCCCUGGCAUGGGCCGGCCGAGCCCUGGCUCCUAGCGGGGCGCCCCCAGAGACGGGGGCCCAGGACGCCGCCACCGCUGCCCAGAAGGAGGAGGGAUCUUUUCCCAUCUGGUGCUUUUCCCUUUGGUUGGGGGUGCUGGCAGCCAGAGGAAGGGGCAGAAAAGGAGGGGCUCAGAAACCAGCAGCCUCCUGAGGACCGAGAUGUUGUGGAGAAGAAAGCCCCUCCCCUGGACCCCCAGAGACCUUCCCAACAGAUUGGUGAGUGGAUCCAAGCCCCUCCCCCUCCCCCAUCUCGUUUUGGCAAGGGGAAACUGAGGUUGGGAGAAAAGGCCUUUUGGAGGCUAGAGGCAGAGGCUGAAGAGAGUAAAGGACGGGCUAAAAUGAGCAUCGCUGACAGUAUUCGAUUGACAACAGGACGCUGGUGAAGGCUGGGCGACUUCCAGAAGAGAGGAAGGGGAGAAUGAGGGGGACUGAAGGGCUCAGUGAAAGCGCUCAGGGAAUGAAGGGAUGCUUGACUUGGGGGAGAGCUCCGCAGGGGUGGGGAGGGGCCCAAAGGAGGAGAAUUCCGAGCUCCAGCGAGGGACUGAGAAAAGCUUGGGCUGGGAGUGCCCAGCGUGGGACAGGGGAAGGGAGGGUCCUUGUGGGGCUUCUCACUUUAACUUCCUAAAUCUGACCGUGUCACUCACACACUCCAUCCCCUGACUGUGGCUUUGCAUGGGCUGUGCACACCCCGCGCCCCGAUGGUGUCCCUCCGCACCCCGGCGCCGUCUCUCUGAGAGUCCCUCUCUGUCUCACCCGCAGGAGGUUGGUGUCGGUAUCCCUGAGCCUGGGACUGGAGAAAUUCUUUUAAAAUGUUUGAUUGCAAUUGAGGGAGGAGGCCAAGGGCUCGCGAUGGGGAGAACGGGAGGAAGGCCCUUGAGGGGGAUACCAGGGAGACGAGAGCGGUGGGUGGGCUAAGGCCCGAGGCUCCAGACACUCAGUCACCGUCUCGCGUCUCUUCAGCCCACUGGCCAACCCCACUCCUUACUCUGCGUUUAACCUCCGUCUGCGGUGGGCCGGGGGAGGAGCCAAUCUGGAGAUGAAGGAGGGGCCAUCCUGGGAGGGAGGGGCCAGAAGGCAGGAGAUGGGCGGGGCAAAGGGGGAGGGAGGGAAAUGCCUGCGUGGGGGCGGGGCUUCCGAGGAUGGGAAGGAGUCCUAGCUAUGACUCUGCCCCCUUCUUAAAGUCUCCGGGUGCGGGCUCUGCUCCCAAUCCCGCCCAUGCCCCGACAUCCCCUUUUCCCCUCCAGCCGGAGCCCCUGUAUCAGACCCCAGCCCUCGGGGCCCUUCUCGUGCUAAUGCUGAUGCUGUGCCCGGCCCUGUGCAGCCCUGGCCCCAGGGUGCCCCUCGCUGGAGCCCUCAGCCCUGAUGGCCGGGUCUUGCCUGAGGCAACCCCUGGCUCCCCCCAGCUGCUGAGAGAACGCGUGCCAGAGCCAAUGCUGUUACCCCUGCUAAAGGCCCGUGCCCAGGGCAGGGCAGGCCAGCGUAGAAAAGGCCAAAGCCGGAGUCGGAGCCAGGGCCGGAGGAGAGCCCAAGAGUGCCACCUGCACACAGAGCUGGUAAAGGUGCAUGAGCUGGGCCUGGGCCAUGACUCUGAUGAGCUGAUCCGGUUCCAGUACUGCAGCGGGGCCUGCCCCAAGGUCCGAUCCAACCACGACAUAAGCUUGGCCCACCUGCUGCGCUCCGGCCGGCUGCGCCUCCCUGCCCCGCCCGGGGGAGGCUCCGUCCGGGUGCUCAGCCACCCCUGCUGCCGGCCCACAGCCUACAAAGCCGUCUCCUUCAUGGACGUCAGCAACACCUGGAGGACGGUGGACAGUCUCUCUGCGGCUGCCUGCGGUUGCCUAGGCUGAGGGCCGGCGGCCCCUCUCUUGGAGCCCAAAGCCAUCGGCAGCCGCCUACCUCCCCGCCUGCCCACCGGGCAGAGCAGCCAAGGGAGAAGCCCCCCAAAGGCCCGCGGCCCGGAGCAGAGGAGAGGGACAGCUGCUGGGGGCCAAGCCCCAGAGCCAGUGAGCAGGGUUAGGCAGUCCUUGUCCCCCUGGGCCGUACCCAAGGAGCUCAGCCGAGCCCUGGAGCAGCCUCCUGGCACUUGGGGCAGCUAUUUAUUACAUAAGUUAUUUAUUUAUGUCCCAAGGCCAGAGGAGGAAGGGCUGCUGCCUCAGGGAGGCCCAGCAGAGCUCGGAGGCUCAGUGGCACAGGAGAGGCCUGAGAGAACUUGCACUGGGCGCUGGGCAGGGCCUGGAGCCCAGAGCUGGUCUGGCUUCCACACUCGGACUCCUGGGGCCUCCUCACUCCUGUAGUUGAGUGCCAGCCACAGCCGAGGGGGAGGGGGGAGCAGGGAGCAGCAAAGGACCCAGAGUUGGGAGCCAAGUGCCCUCCCCCUGCUAGCCACGUGCCCCAGGCAAGCCCCCCUGCUCUCUGAGCCAGUUUUCUCCUCUGUAAAACUGGGAGUCCGUAGUGCCUCCGCGGCUGCCGGGAAGCAGUCUCACUUUGUAACCUGGAAAGGGUCAGAGAACGGUGCCCCACAAUGAACCAAUGUUGCUGCUGUAGCCUGGUGUCUUUUGUACGCUGACCGCUGGGCCAGAAAGUGCCCACACAUACUCGUGGGAUGGACGGGCGCUUGAUCCGGCUCAUGCCAGUGACUGAGAUGCCCAUCCCCAUUCCUGCGGGGAACCAGCCUCUCUAGACCACUGGAGAUGAUGAAGAAAGAGAGCGGCUCCCUGGGGGCCAAGAGGGAGCGGCCAGGCCAGUUCCUGAGGCGCCCCCCUCCCCAGACCUCUCUUCCCUUGGCCCACCUCUCCCAGCCCAGCUCCAUUCUGCUGUCUCCCUCCCCCCACUUAACUCAGAGUCAUCGACGGCCAGAGCUAGAAGGGACCCCAGAAGCCUCCAAUCAACCAAACCUGUGUCUGGUUGAGAACCUCCCCAUGAAAUCCCGAGUGCUUGUCUCGCCUCUGGGCCCCACAGGGCAAGAGGGACUCCUGUGAGCUGCAGAGCCUAGGAGAGGGUCACCAGGCUGGAGAAGGUCUAGAAUCUUUUUCAUACAAGAAGUCAUUGAAGGACUUGGGGAGAGAGCUUGGCUCUGGGCAACUAUUUGCAGGGCUGUCAUGUUGAGGGAUUCCAUUGGAAGAAUCAAGGUUCAAGUCCUGGACCAGACACUCCCCCCGGGGCCUCAGGAUGGGCCCAGUCCCUUUCUCUCCUCUGUGUCCUCACCUGGAGGAAGGCAGGACUGGACCGGACACUCCUGAAGGUCCCUUCCAGGGUCUGCUCUCAGGGGCUUCUGUUAUUUGGAGCCGAGCCUCUGCUCCCAGCUUCUUUAACUCCCCGGGCCUUCCCAGCAACUGAAACCUUUCUCUCUUCUCUCUGGUAGGGCCUUUCCAGCCUCUGGGAAGGGUACCUGGGAGCUAGGUAUCCUGGGGUUCCGGGACUGCAGCAGCUGAAUCUCUCUCAUCCUCCUGGUCCUCUGGGGGCUUGGGAAGGAGAUGACUGAAGGCUGCCCUGGGAUGCCCUCCUCAUCGCCACAUCUGUGACGCUUCCCAAGGGCUGGCCAAGGGUGAGGUCACGGUCAGGAGCUGACAUCAGCCCCUCUGCCCAGCAGACCCCGAAGGCCUGACCUGCCACACAUUCAUGCUGCCCCACAGUGGCUGGGAAGCCGGCCAUGCCUGCUGUUCAGCUGUCUUUUUAUUCCUCUGUCCAGAAGCCCACAGGGCAUCUCGACUUCCCAGAACCUCCAUCAGGCUCCCAUCCUCCCUCUCCCCUUCACGGCUGACCUCGGACUUCAGGUCUGCAAUGAGGGUGUCAGCUGUCCGGGAAGAAAAACGGGCUGGGCAAGGGGAGGGGGAAAGUACAGACAGCCUGAUAGAAAUGGGUGCUGGGAUUUUGGAUUUGUCAUCCUCAGGGAGCGCCUACUAUGUGUACUAAACUCUGAACUGACACAGGGCAGACAGGCGGCUCCGUGGAUAGAGCACCAGGUCUGAGUCGGGAGGACCAGGAUUCAAAUCUGGCCUCAGACAUUUCCUAGCUGUGUCACCCUGGGUCAGUCACAACCCCGACUGCCUGGCCCUUCUGCCUUGGAACUAAUACUUGGUAGGGAAUCUAAGAUAGGAGCUCAGGGUUUAAAAAAUAAAAAAAUGAACUCUGAAGAUACAAAGAAAAGCCCCAAACGAGCCCUGCCCUCCAGGAGUUCCCAUUCUAAUAAGGGGAGACAUUGGAUGAACCACUGCACGUAAAAAAUAAUCAUCGCUAACUAUUACUAUUUGUGUGCUAUUGUCAUACGUAGUAAUAAUAUGUAGUCAUCACAUGCAUGAAACGAAAUUAUAUUGCCAAAUCUUUACAUCGCUAUUACUGUGCACGAGGCGCUGUGUUCAGUACUUAACAAAUUCUUCUCUCAUUUGAUCUUUGUACAACAGUGCUGGGAGGUAGGGGCUACUAUUUCCCCCAUUUUAUACCUGAGGAAAUUGAGGCAAACAGAGGUCAAAAGACUUACCCAGGGUCACCUAGCUAGUAAGUAGAUGAUUCCAGAUUUGAACUCAGAUCUUCCCAAUUCUAGGCCCAGAGUUCUAUCCAUUGUGACUGGUAACUGCAGAUACCUAAAGAGUAGUACUUAUGUAGGAGAUGGAGGGGAAGAGGGUGGACCAGAAAAGGCUUCUAAAAGGAGAGCAGAAAGCAGGAUUUUAGCUGAGACUUGAAGAAAGUCAGAGAACCUAGAAGGUGGAAAUAGGAAGGGAAAGCAUUCCAGGCAUGGGAUACAACCAAUGCAAAUGCAUGGAGUUGGGAGAUGCAGCUUCUGGUUUGAGGAACAAUCAAGAGACCAGUGUCAAUGGAGCAUGGAGCAUGAAGGUGGGUGGGAGGAUUAAGGUGGAAGCAGACUGGAAAGGAAGAAGCCUUGAAGAGCUUUAAAAGCCAGAGGAUUUGCUAUUUGAUACUGGUGGUGCUGGAGGGCUGCUCGAGUUUAUUUAGGAGGAGGAGGAGGCCCGCUGUGCCAUUUGACAGCCAAAGGAAGGAUGGAUUGGAGCAGGGAGAGGCAGGCGGCCCCAUGGGCAGCCGCUCUUGCCAUAGUUGAGGCAGGAGGUGACGAGGGCCUGCACCUAUGGGGCGGCAGUCUCAGAGCAAAAGGGGGGGGGGUAUAGGAGAGAGGGCACAAAGGUAAGAUUCACAGGAUUUAGCAACAGAUUGGGUAUGGGGAGUGGGGGAGAGCCCCUGAACGAUCCAGGAUGACCCUAGAACUGCAGACCUGGGCACCUGGGAAGAUGGCAAUGCCCUCAACAAUACCAGAGAAGUUAGGAGGUGGGGGACGCUUUAGGGGGAAAGAAUGAAUUUGAGUUAAGAGCACAUUCAACCGCCCUCUGCUCCUCUCCAGUCUCCAAGGGCAUCCUUACCUCCAACUCCUCCUCCUUUUCCUUUCCACAAUUUGAUUCCAGGAAUGUUGCCUUCUGCUACACAAGAGCAAGGCUCACAUUGCCAGCCAGAUGCCAAGACAGGGCUCACAGCCUUGGCAAGGCAGUAAAGGCCAUCAAGUCUCCCUGAACCCCAACAGGUUUGGUAUUCUGGGAGGAGCAGGGCAAGAAGCUUGCCUAGAAGAGGUGGCAUUGAAGCCAGCCUUUGGAGGAGUCCCAGGAGGAAGGGAAAGUCAACUCAAGUUACCAACAAACAUUUUUUUAAACCCUUAACUUCCUUUUUUUAAUUUAGAAUAUUUUUCCAUCAUUACAUGAUUCAAGAUCCCCACCCCUCUGCUUUUUCCUCCUCCUUCCCAAAGCCAACAAGCAGUUCCACUGAGUUAUAUAUGUAUCAUUGUUCAAAACCCAUUUCCAUGUUAUUACUAUUUGCAGAAAAGCCAUUCUUUAACAUCAAAACCCUGAUCACAUCCCUAUUGAACUACGUAGUUAGUUGAUCAUAUGUUUUUCUAAUGCAUUUCUGCUCCCACAGUUCUUUCUCUGGAUGUGGAGAGCAUCUUUCCCAUAAGUCCCUCAGAAUUGUCCUGGGUCAUUGCAUUGUUGCUAGUAGAGAAGUCCAUUACAUUCAAUUGUGCCACAGUGUAUCCGUCUCUGUGUACAGUGCUCUCCUGGUUCUGCUUAUGUCACUCUGCAUCAAUUCCUGGAGGUCUUUCCAGCUCUUCCUGAAUUCCUCCAAUUCAUCAUUCCUUACAGCACAAUAGUAUUUCAUUACCCGCAUAUACCACAAUUUGUUCAGCCAUUCUCCAACUGAAGGGCAUCCCCUCAUUUUCCAAUUUUUUGCCACCACAAAGAGCUCAGCUAUGAAUAUUCUUGUACAAGUCUUUUUCCUUAUUAUCUCUUUGGGGUAAAAACC